AUGGGGAGCUUGAUCGAUGAAGCAGAAACCGAGGAGCAGCCCCUGGACCUGAAGCCAUUGCACUCACUGGCGCCGAUGUUCCCUACCCCUCCAGGGUAUGAUGUGGUGACCACUGGAUCAUCCGACCCACCAUUCGUCUACAUCACACCAAUACAACAACACCCUGGGCCGGCUCCAGCUUCAUUUGAUGGGCCGCCACCAGGGUUCUGCUCCUCACCACAACAACAACACCCUGGGCCAGCUCCAGCUUCAUUUGAUGGGCCGCCACCAGGGUUCUGCUCCUCACCACAACCACCACAACAACAACGCCCUGGGCCAGGUCCAGCUUCAUUUGCUGGGCCAGGGUCUGCAGUUCCUCUCAAGGCUACGCCAAUCUCGGCAGCAUUUCCCGCGCGGCGGCCCAAGGAGGAAACCUCGGAUGAAGAUUACACUCCUGCUUCCGAGAAGAGGAAGCCAUCUUCAUCUUCACCCAAGAGGACAACCAAGAAGGCUCGGCAGGCUGGAGACUCCACUGCAGCUACCCACAAGACAAAAGGGGACUCCACUGCAGCCAACAUCAAGCAUAGACCGAUCAGGAGGAGCCUGAGCAAGGGGCUCGCCGGCUGGCCCUCCACAUCGGACAACCCAAGGGAGGCGGUGGAAGCGGCCAUGGCCAUGUUCGACUCGCUCCGGCGCCGGAUGCUGCAGCUGGAUGAGAAGGAGGGCUUGGGCAGGCGCGCAGACCUCAAGGCCAGUGUUCUCAUGAACCAUAACAACCUGAGGAUCAAUCAACUCAAGACGAUAGGGCCCGUCCCGGGUGUCGAAAUCGGAGAAAUCUUUUUCUACAGGAUUGAGAUGUGCAUCGUGGGACUGCAUGCACCAUCGAUGGCCGGCAUCGACUACCUGUCAGCUAAGUUUGCCGGGAGGGACGAGAGCCUGGCCGUGAGCAUCAUCUCGUCAGGCGGAUACGAGAACGUUGAAGAUGAGACUGACACCCUGGUGUACACGGGCCAAGGAGGUAACAGCCGGCGCAAGGAGAAGCACGACCAGAAGCUGGAGAAAGGAAACCUUGCUCUCAGCAACAGCGCCAGCAAGAAGAACCAGAUCAGGGUGGUGCGCAGUGCACGGGACCCUUUCUCCAUCUCAGGAGGCAAGGUGUACAUCUACGAUGGAGUGUAUCGCAUCGAGGACUCCUGGAUGGACAGAGCCAAGAACGGGUUCAGUGUGUUCAAGCACAGGCUGAGGAGGGAGCCGGGGCAGCCUGACGGGAUUUCAGUUUGGAAGAUGACAAACAAGUGGAAGGCGAACCGUGCCACGAGAGAAAAGGCCAUAGUGCUGGAUCUAUCAUCAGGGGCUGAAAAUCUGCCUGUGUGCCUUGUCAAUGAAGUCGACGGCCAAAGGGGGCCGGGCCACUUCGAGUAUGUUACCGGAGUGAAGCACUCGAGACCUCUUAAUAGGAACAAGCCAUUGCACCACUGUGAGUGUACUAGUGUGUGCAUGCCAGGUGACACCAAUUGUUCGUGCGCGCGGCAGAAUGGCGGCGAUAUUCCCUACGACUUAGACGGGGUGCUUGCGAGGCAUGUCCCGAUGCUUUAUGAGUGCUCUCGUGACUGCCAUUGUACCAAGGAUUGUCGGAACAGGGUUUCACAGAAAGGUGUUCAGCUGAACUUUGAGGUUUUCAGGACUGGAGACCGUGGAUGGGGUCUCCGAUCAUGGGACCCGAUCCGUGCCGGCGCAUUCGUGUGCGAGUACGCCGGUCAAGUCAUGGACGAACCCAACAUGAACAUGGAUGUCGAGGAAGACGAGUACACCUUUCGCGCAACAUGUCCAAGUGACAAGGCUUUAAGAUGGAAUCUGGGUGCAGAGUUGCUUGAGGAAAAAGGUGCAGAUGCCACAGCCGAGAGGUUUAAGAAACUUCCUGUCGUCAUAAGUGCAAAAGAUGCAGGCAACGUUGCUCGUUUCAUCAAGCACAGCUGCUCCCCGAAUCUGCUCUGGCAGGCUGUGCAAUAUGACCAUGCCGAUGAUAGUUAUCCGCAUAUCAUGUUCUUCGCCAUGAAACAUAUCCCUCCCAUGACUGAACUGACAUAUGAUUAUGGCAUAAGAGGCGCUCCUCCGGGUAUCAAGGGGAAAUCUCCCCUGGUUUGCAACCUCAAGCCAUGCUUCUGUGGAUCUGCAAACUGUCGAGGUUCUUUCUGAGACAAAACAUGCUGGGCAUAAACAAGGUUGUUAUGCUGCUCUAUGGUACACCGUGGCUGGGCGGUCCGGCGGAGUAGCCAGCGUCUCUGUAUUUUGGACAAGGGAGCAUUCAGAGUAGGCAGCCGUCCUCUGUGUUUUGUAUGCCAGUGGUGGCCAAGUCCAAGAGUCUGCCUGGUGGCUUCUGUGAUGCAAAAUCAUGUGUUGUAGAUCUUGCAUAUGCAGGCGUGUCAUGUGCAAAUCAUGCAGCAGAUGUCAAAAGCAUGAACCAUCUAGUAUCAUGUGUUCUUUACUGUUGUGCCGCUGCUGCUUCUUUUACUCUCUGAGCUGCGAACUGCUGCUUCUGUGAACGCAAGAAAGGGAAGGACCUUGUUUGGGUUGGUAUUCUUGAUUUAGAAGAAGCAUGCCAAGUUUGAUCAGAUUUUUGAAAAA